AAAAAACAGCAGGAAUUUAAAAGGCUGAUUAAAGACAGAAAGUAAAAUUACCUUGCAUUUCCCCCGCGCGAGAUUUGGGAACUGAGUAAACAAAUAAUUCCACCCCAUCCCCCGGUAUCAACACGCCCCCAUCCAAAGUUACCGACAGGGACUGUCUCCCCUGAGCCAAUGGGCGGUGUAGGGGAGGCGUUAUUAGCGCACGGAGCAAUAUCAGGCGUCAGCGCAACUGGAGUUACUGCGGACUCCAGUACUUUCCCUGCAGCCUUUUACAACCCAAAGCCCCUGUUAUUCCCCCUCCAGUUUAUUUUCUGCUGUCAGUCAGCGACUGCCAGAGAAAGGAAGAUAAGAACCUGUGAGGAGAGAGUUUGUUUUCUGAGGAACAAUAUGCAGCACAAUGAUGUAUCUGGUUGAAUGUUGUGAUUUUUCUGGGGGGCGUGUUGACCAGUCUUUCCCUUGCUGUUGGGGCCAAGUUGCUGAAGUUUGUUGGAGGUGACUCAAGCAAGGCUCCAUGUCCAGGACAAUGUCUCAGGCGGAGGUGGACCUGGCUGGGUUCGGGCUCAUCAGCUCGGCUCUGGAUUUGGACCUGGAUCUGGAUUUGGACCGUUCCUCCCUCCUCAGUAAGGCGCAGAGCCGGCGGCGGAGACUCGCCGCCCGAGACAGCAGGAGGCUCCCGGGCCGGUACCAGAGGAAAAGCUCCGUCGACAUCGAGCUGGGAGCUGACGGUCUCCUGGUCCGCCGCCCUCCCCGAGCCCCGGCGCCAGCCCCGGGCAGCGACACUCCGCCGCCGCCGCCCGCGGACAACGGUGCGCUGACGGCGGGCGGACCCACUGCCGGCGCGCCGCCUGCCCAGGCGGCGGCAGCGAACAGCUCGGACACCGAGGAUGGCAGCCCUCGCUUUCCCCACAAGGACUCGGUUUCCGAGCUGCCCGAGGAGAGUAAGAUGGAACCGGAGGAGAACGAGGUGGAGAUGAAAGCGGUGGACACCUCUCCCGACGGCAGGUUCCUCAAGUUCAACAUCGAGUUGGGAAGAGGCUCCUUUAAGACGGUCUACAAGGGGUUGGAUACCGAGAUCACGGUGGAGGUCGCCUGGUGUGAGCUACAGACUCGCAAAUUAUCAAAGGCAGAGAGACAGAGGUUCAGUGAAGAGGUGGAGAUGCUGAAAGGAUUACAACACCCCAACAUAGUGCGUUUCUAUGAUUCCUUUAAAUGUUCAGUGAAAGGUCACAAAUGUAUUGUGCUGGUGACUGAACUGAUGACAUCAGGGACACUCAAAACGUACCUAAAGCGGUUUAAAGCAAUGAAGAAUAAGGUUCUGCAGAGAUGGAGCAGACAGAUUCUGAAGGGCCUACAGUUCCUUCAUACACGGUCCCCUCCUAUCAUCCACCGUGACCUGAAAUGCGAUAAUAUCUUCAUUACAGGACCAACUGGCUCUGUAAAGAUCGGUGACCUUGGUCUUGCAACACUAAAAAGUGCAUCAUUUGCAAAAAGUGUAAUAGGUACUCCAGAAUUUAUGGCUCCUGAGAUGUAUGAAGAAAAGUAUGAUGAAUCUGUUGACGUUUAUGCAUUUGGCAUGUGUUUGUUGGAAAUGGCCACCUCAGAAUAUCCAUAUUCAGAGUGCCAUAAUGCAGCCCAGAUAUAUCGCAAAGUGACAAGUGGUGUUAAGCCAGCCAGCUUUAACAAAGUAAAAGUCCCAGAGCUGAAAGAGAUUAUUGAAGGAUGCAUACGCCAAAAUAAAGAUGAGAGCAGGUACACCAUUCAGGAUCUUCUUGACCACUCAUUCUUUAAAGAGGAUACUGGGGUGUAUGUUGAGCUUGCAGAGGAAGAUGAUGGAGCAAAAUCUGCCCUAAAACUUUGGCUCCGCAUGGAUGACUCAAAGAAACUCCAUGGCAAAUACAAAGACAACAAAGCCAUAGAGUUUCUUUUUGAAUUGUAUAAGGAUGUUUCAGAAGAAGUGGCACAGGAAAUGGUAACAUUGGGUUUUGUGUGUGAGGCUGACUAUAAAUUAGUUGCAAAGGCCAUCAGAGAUCGUGUGACUGAGGUAAAAAGAAAACGUGAAAGAAACCAACGCAUGCAAGAGGAACUGAAGAAGAAAGAGCAAGAGAAAAAGAAAAAAAUUUAUGAGCUCUUAGAAGAGCUAAAGGUACCUCAAGACACAACAGAGAGUGCAGCUGGAGCGACUCCACUCUCGCGGUCUCCAGUGCCCACAGGCCCCACAGAGAUCCUGCUGAAUCCUUCAUUUCCACCUGAGCCUGAGGAACCAGAGGCUGAUCAACAUCAGACAUUUCGUUAUAGGAAUACCAACUAUUCUUCAGCUACAUCUGAUUGUGAGACUGAUGGUUAUCUAAGUUCUUCUGGAUUCUUGGACUCGAAUGAUAAUUUGCAAAUGGCUGGCCAGUUAACUCCUAAAUCUGGAACUGGACUCCAGUUUCCAGCAAAUAUUGCUGUGACUAUCCCCUCAAAGCAUCAUUUGUCACUUCACAGUGGGCUAAAUUCACCAGUUGACAGCUAUGCUUCAGAUGUUGCUUCUGGAAUGAGUGAUGGAUAUGAAGGUCUAUCUGCAGGAGAAGGAUCAACAAAACUGCCAGUGAAGCGCAUCUCGAGCAAACUCAUUCGUAGGCGCGGUCGAUCCAGGCUACGAAUUCUUAAUAUAUCAGACAAAGGAGAUCGGGUUGUAGAGUGCCAACUCCAGACACACAACAACAAAAUGGUAACGUUCAAGUUUGAUUUGGAAGGAGACUCCCCUGAAGAUAUUGCUGCAGUUAUGAUCAAUAGGGAGUUCAUUCUACUGUCAGAGCAGGAUGGUUUUGUCAGCAAGCUGCAAGAAAUCAUACACAAAGCAGAAGCUGUGUUAAAGAAGGAUAUUCAAGGGGAUCCUAGCACUGACAAAGUUAGUAAGCAGUCAAAUACUCCCAGUUCACAUGAGUCUCAGCGUGAAGAAAGGUUAAACCAGCCACCCCAUCCCACAUUAUUAUCUUCAGCAGGAGCAGGUGAAGUGAAUACCCCUCAUGUCAUAGAAUCUGCAACAAGGAAGUUUCUGGUUAGUCCUGUUCCUGAAAAUAAGCUGUUAAGUCCUUUGACAAUUAACUCCUCAGCAAAAACUUGUAUUGUUACCACAUCUACAGCUUCGACAAAUGUGUUCUACCAGCCAAGGGCACCAUUGCUAUCAACUUCCAUAGACCAUACAUCAGUAGAAACAUUUAGUAAUGUGCCAUUUAACAAUCUUGACCCAAUUCAAGCUUCUACCAGUGCCCACCAUGGAAAUAAUCUGUCUAUAUCUACACCAUCGCAGAGUUUUAAGCCAGUGCUAACGUCUCUGCCUAAUACUGUGUACGAAUCAAACAGUCCUGUAAAUGUAGCACUGAAUCAGCACAGGAGGCCACAGCAUGGUACCCAACAAAAAUUUUCAACACAGGAAGUAGAGAAUGUUGGCAAAGAUGCGCCACAGCUUAUACAGCCACAGAAUAAUAACUGGCCUCCAAGCACACAGCCUCUGUUUCUCCUGGCUGAUAUGUUAUCAUUGAUGUGCAUGAGUCAAUUGGCCCAUACAAUGCUACCAAACAGUUCUUUACCGUCGCCACUGAUGUCCCCCUGUAGUGACAUUACUUCUCCAGUCACUUCUCCAUUCAACAUUCCCAGGCAGCUUCAUCUUUCAUCUCCAGAAGGAAAUAUUGGACAACAACUACAUAAUGUCGAGAAUGGUGGCGUGAAUGGUCUAGAAGGACAACUUGAAUCAAUUUUUAAUGAAUGCAACAGAUCUCAUGAGCUGCUGCAAAACGUCAGUCCAGGAACACCAUGUUCUGAACUUGGUCUAACCACAUUAUCAAGUAAAGAAACUGACUUCACCCCUGUAUCUUUACAUCUCCAAGGUAACCCAUAUGAGGAUGUAACAUCUCCCAUAAAACCUUUCUUACCGAUGUCCACAGUAAUAGCUGCCACAAACAUGAGCAGUCUAUCAACAACAAACACUCCGUUUUAUUCACAUCCCAGUCCAAUAUUAAAUCUUGCCAGUUCCGUUCGACCAUAUCAGAAUAUUAAUCCAGGAAACUCCGUACACUCUGGUAUCUGUGACAUUACAUCACUUCCAACUUCCACACCUCAAGUUGCUGUUUCGGAUCUUAUAAACACCUCCACUAAAGAGCAAGAGAAUAAACAGGUCUCGUUGCUGGAUAUUAGUAAGAAAAGUAUACCAUCAUUGAUUAUUACUGAAGCACUAACAUCACAAUCAGGAAAAUUGCCAUUGCCACCUAUUAAUGAGGAGUUCAAGAAUUUUCAGCAAUCUGGUUCACCCCAACCUGUUACAGUCGGACGCUUUGAAGUUUUGAAAACUCAAGAACAAAUCAAAGAGGGCGAUCACCUGACAAAUCAGGAUGACAGUAAACCAGAUUGUUUAGUUCCUGACAACUGCACCGCUUUGAGAACAGCUACAACUCUUGGGGAACCAAUGUUGGACAGCGGAUUGAGUACUGCACUGGGAUGUCAGCAAGAUAGCAAUUCAGAGCUAUGCUUGUCCACCCAGGCUCUGCAGCCUUCAUUGUCAGCAGCAGCUUCAGAGAUUCCCAAUCAUUCUCUAGACAGUAACAGAGUAAUGGUCAGUUCAGGAGAUGAAAAGCAAAAUACUGAUUCCAAGCUAUCAGAUGAUCACACUGAUUCAAUCCCAGUGCAUGGAUGGGUUCAGUACUCACGGUCAACUAUCUAUAUAAGCAGUGAUGAUACUGAAAGUGAUGGCGAUGAAAUAUUUGAAGAAUUACAAAACUUAAGAGAAAAGCAUAUGGCAGAGGUUCAAAGGUUACAGGCAAUACAAAAGAAGGAGAUUGAGGAACUGUAUGAAAAGAUGGGUAAAGUCCCUCCUGCUGGAAUAGUUUCACCUGCUACAAUCUUAACUGGACGGCAAAGGCGCUUAUCUAAAGGCAAUUUUAACCAAUCCCGCCGUAACAGCUUGCAACGACUUGAGAGUUUACAGCAAGCAGGAUUCAGCCGAAGAAAUUCCUUAACAGGUAGUUGCAGCUCACAGGAUCAACGGCAAACACCAUCCACUGUUAGUGGAGGUUACUUUUCCUAAUGGCAUCGAAAUUGGGCUGAACUGUUGAUCAUCAAAAACUAAGCUUCUGCGAAAUAGGUCGAUAUGAAAAGGAACAGAGAAAUGCAUCAUGCUCCAAUUGCAAUCAAGAUUUGUCACUGUUAUGCUUUGAAUAUUCUACCCACAAAUAUCGUCUAUCAUUGGACUUUAGCAGAAGUUCAUGUUUCGCUUGGAAUAUAACUCCAUGCACACCAUUGCCUGUUUUCAUAUAAAAGUCUUACCUUUGUAUAAACUUAUGAUCUUCAACCGGAUGUUAAGAAAUAUUUUGGGUGACCAUUAUCACAAAUGUAUUAUGGCACAGAAUGAAACACCUUUUAAUACUACCACAUCACAUCAUUAUAUGCACUACAGUUGCUUUUCAUUCUAGAUACUGGUUUCUGGGAACACAGGAAAGCACAUCACAGUUUUAAGCAGAUAAUAUUAUCUGGCGUGAAAUGCAUCAAAUAUGGUCUGUUUUAAUCACAUUCUGCUUUAAAAAAAAUCUAUUUUUCUUUUUCUACUGAUAGACCAUUAAAAUAUACUAUUCAUAUUAACUUAUUUCUAAACAAAUCUGAUUAAAUCAGAUUUAAAAUUAAAUGCAAAAUGAGAAUCGGUAAGAAUUGUUGUCUUUUUAAAGUUUAAUUCUACAAUGUAAGGCAACUUCAAGUUAAAUUCUAGGUGCUAAGCAACCAUUCUAAAUCAUUUAUGUUUUUUUUUAUUAAAAUAUACUCUUCCACUGUGACAUUGUAAAAAUUGACUUUAUUCAUGGUAUGUAUAUAUGUAAAAACUGGUGUUGAAUCAGCAAACUAUAAUGAUCGCAUCAAGGAGAUUUCUAAAUUUAAAACUAUAAAAACAACUUUCUCAUUUGGAAAGUUUAGUGUAAUCUAUUGUAAAUGACUUCAAAGCUUAAAUAUUUCCUUCUACUUGCGCACUUACAUGCUCAUCAUUAAAUGCCAAAGAAUUGUAUCUGAAAUAUUUUAUAAAAUAUUUAAUAGUGUCUUCUAUCAAAGCUCUGGAAUUCAAUGUACAUCUGAGAGAAUUACAACAAUAAUGAUAGUUACUAAAUCUUUGUGGUUCAGUUAAUUGAUUGUGAAUGUUUAAACUUUAUGACAGAUGAAAUUUUAUAUAAUUACUCAGUUUUUGGGGGGAAUUGUAGUGUCCACUUUAAUAAGCCUACAAGACAUUAAACUUGAUAAUAGCCUGCAAUACUGACCAUUUGGCCUUAAAGUUAAGUGAAAGCUUGUUUUGUUUCAACUUUGUUUUAUUAUCAUGAAUGUAGGAAAGUCACUUAAAAUAAACGUAAACCUUAACACGAGGUUUCAAACCCAUAUAGUAGGCCUAAAGUCAAAGGACAAUUAAGAUGUCUAGCAAGUAACAGUGACAGCAAAAAAAAGACUCCCUGCAGGUUGCUGGUGAAAGUAAGUCCCUUUCCUUACUUUAGAUUUAAAUUUGUUGAUUUCUACAAAAUAUUUCCAAGUUUAGAUGACAAUCUAUUUUAAUAAAAUUGCCUUCAGCCCUUAUCACCUCAAUUCACCUUUUGUAAUGGCGAUAUAAAAGAAAACAGAUACUAUCUGCCUACUUUAUCACAAAUUAUCACAAUUUCUGAAAAUGGAAGGUUAGGGCAUAAAAUUAUAUUGAUUAGAAGAGUCAUGGAACAGCCUGUGUGUUGGAGGGGGUACUUGUUCAUGAGUAACAUUUAGAGGGGGAAAUUUUGUUGGAAUACAGGGUGUAUCAAAAUCAUAAAUGCACUCUUUGUAAAUUUUUGUAUAGUAUUGUUAAUGGGAAGAUACUUCUUCAUUACCAUUUCUGAGAUGAUUAUGUUCAAACAAUCUAUUGGAGGUAUAUUAUAAUUAUUAAAUGAAUGAAUCAAA